GCGGUCCGGGCCCUGGGUUGUGGGCGCCGAGGCGCGGGAGGCUUCCCGGUGCGCUCCGCCAGGAUGGCAGUAGCUCUGUGUCUGCAGGUGCUGUGCAGCCUGUGUGGCUGGCUCUCACUCUAUACAUCUUUCUGUCACCUGAAUAAGCACCGAAGCUAUGAGUGGAGCUGCCGACUGGUGACAUUCACCCAUGGAGUCCUCUCUAUAGUCCUUUCAGCUUAUAUUGGCUUCAUCGAUGGUCCUUGGCCUUUUACCCACCCAGGCUCACCCAAUACACCUCUCCAAGUUCACGUUCUCUGUCUCACCUUGGGCUACUUCAUUUUCGACUUGGGCUGGUGCAUCUACUUCCAGUCUGAGGGUGCCCUGAUGCUGGCUCACCACACACUGAGUAUCUUGGGUAUCAUCAUGGCCCUGGUGCUUGGGGAGUCGGGCACAGAGGUCAAUGCAGUCCUCUUUGGAAGUGAGAUCACCAACCCCUUGCUCCAGUUGCGCUGGUUUCUCCGUGAAACGGGACACUAUCACAGUUUCACUGGAGAUGUGGUGGAUUUCCUCUUCGUGGCUCUGUUCACGGGAGUGAGGAUUGGCGUAGGAGCUCGCCUGCUUUUCUGUGAAAUGGUCUCACCCACACCCAAGUGGUUUGUGAAGGUCGGGGGAGUAGCCAUGUAUGCUGUGUCUUGGUGUUUUAUGUUUAGCAUCUGGCGCUUUGCAUGGAAGAAAAGCAUCAAGAAGUAUCGUGCUUGGAGAAGCAGGCGGAGUGAGGAACGGCAGCUAAAACAUAAUGGACAUCUCAAAACACGCUAGCCAAGGCGUGGUUCCGAUGUCUAUCGGAUCGAGUCAGCCAUGGGAACUGGGUCAGAAAUCUGACUGUCAUGGAAUCACGCUCAUAACAAAUUUAGGUUUCAAAAAAGGGCUAAAUUUAUUGAUCACUUUGAUCAGUCUUCAAGCCGAGCAUAUGCAGUAUUAAAACAGUAACUUCUGCAAUGGCACAGUUGUGGAAAGUGAAAAUCCUCAGUGAUUGCUGGGAAGAUGUCAGGGCCGAGAGGUGAGAACUACUGGUAUUUUCAAAAUAUAGUGACCCUGGGUCCUUUUGUCCCUGGAAAGUUUAAUAGUCAGAUAGCUUUGAAAGAAACUGGAAAAAGUUUAGUGUUGUUUCUUGUUCCUUUGGGAAUUUCUUUAGCAUAUACUUAUUCCUGCUUUUCAUGUAGCAAUUUAUUUAAGUUCAUUCCAUGUACUAUUAAGUAAGGGACUUUCAGGAAGAGAUAUACCUUUGGCAUUCUGAGCACUGGAUCAGGGAUUGGAUCUGCUUAAGGGGUGAUGGGGUGAGUGAAACUGGCAGUGGUAGGUGGUCACUUCCUGAGCCUCCCUGUGCCCCCAAGACUAUUCCCUGGGUUCCAUAAUUCACCGGGAGGACUCAAGAGGGCUCAACAUAGAGUCUCACAACUUUAUUUAUGAUAGUGAAAGGAUGCGAAGAAAAAUUAUCAAAGGGAAAAUGCACCUGGGGCCAAGUCCAAAGGAAACCAGACACAAACUUCUAGAGUCUUCUUCUGUUUGGAUCACAGGAUAUGCUUAUUUCUACUAGCAAUGUUUUGUGACAACAUAUGAGAAAUGUUGUCUACCAGGAUAAGUUAUUAAAGACUCAGUGCCCGAGAUUUUUACUGGUGACAGGUCAUAAAGGCAGCCUCUUGGCAUGUAGCAAGAGUCAAGAUUCCCAAAAGGAAAGCAGCAUUCAGCACAAGCGCUGUUGUUUACACAAAAAAUUAGGAUCAAUGAGCCAAUCUUUUAAAAUUUUAUUGUUAUUAUUAUUGGCUCUUUUCCACUGAGCUACAUCUCUAACCCUUCUUAUUUUGAGAUAGAUUCUUGUUAAAUAGCUGAGGGUCUUGCUAAGUUGCCGAGGCUUGCCUCAAAUUUGUGAUCUCCUGCCUCUGUCACCUGAAUCACUGGGAUAAUAGGCAUGUGUCACCAUGACCAGCUGGGUCAGGCUUAUCAGUGAAUGGUGAGAGCCUUUCCAUAAUCUAAGUUCCCAGAUGCCCCCAAGGGCCAACGUUGUAGGCCCAGAUCAUGUCUGUUACAUUAACUUUUUUUGCACGAAAAUCAUAGAGCAAGAGCUUUGGAUAUGAGAUGAAUGAGGUGUGGGUAGAUUUACUGAGUCCUGUUGUACGGGUUUUGCCCAACCAGGAAAACUAUGCCAGUUCUCAGGGCUUUUGUGCAUUAAUCUCCUAGGCAUGAGAGGCCAUGACUAAAUUCCAUAGGGAUUUACCAUGUGGAUUCCACUGUGCUUGAGAUGGGAGUUCAGGUUUCAGCUCAGCUGUACAUGUUGCCAGCUAGAACCAAAGACUUUUUAACGUGUGGCCUCAGGGUGAGGAGGCUAAUUUCUUUUCUUUUUUGCAUUUCAGGUACAUUCCCUUUUAGUACUCUUACUACUUGUUCUCCUUUCUCUAAAACCGGUGCCAGUCUAUAAGGACAAACUAUAAUGACAAGGCCAGUCUUGGAAGGGAAAAAAUUUGAUUUUUAGUGUGAUAAUCUUUAAUCUCACACAGGAGGAAUGUGA